AAAACACUUGCCGAUCAGGUAGGAAAAGGUGAUUUGAGUUUGUAGUUAAAAUUAGCUCUGUUGCGGCCGUUGCUCUUCAUUGUGUGAGUGGAGCAUUCGUAGUGUUUUUUUAAAUUGAAGAUUGCGAAGUUAUUGUUUGUGUGCAAGUUCGCCCGUGGCUGCGGGCGCAACCUUCGGCAUCAUUACCAUCUCAGCCGACAGGAGAAGAUGUAAUUGGUUGUUGAAAGGCAGCCAACGCUCACUUCUUUGGAGCUGAACGGUCGCGCCUCGACGCGCCCCCGUACCCCGCCGCGCUCUUCUGCGCCCUGGCACGCCCUGCCAGGCCCGCCCGCCCCGCCAGCGCCACCCCCACCACCGGCAGCCAUGAGUCCGUCCGGGAGCCCGCCCGAGAUACCAUCCCAAAUGGUCAUUUGUGAAGAUGUUCUUAGGAAGCUACACUGAGUUGAAGGAAGUGGCGUCAUUUAAAAAGAGAGACUUUUGGGAAUAAAUUUGAGCCUGAGCAUGGCCAAACUGGAAAUUCCAAGCAUAGUUGUCCAUAGUGGGUCUCCCAGUGUGCCAGGAGUGAGCAUGGAUCGUCCUACCCGUCAGACGCCUCAGUUACGUAAACAAAAAUCUUCAUUGGAUGAUGCAGAGUCUGGAACCAGUGGCUGCAUUCACCACUGUAAGCUUGAGGCAUCUGGUUCAGCGCCAAUUAACAAUAAUUGUUCAAACAAUAACAACAAUCAGCAGUCUUCCUCUAAGUCUCCCGACACAUCAGGAGGUAGUUCAAAAUCCAGCAGUCCUGGAGGUCAAAACUCCAAGAGUGAUGUAGACAAGCCAAGUGGACCUCAACCACAGCUCUCUCGCUCAAGAUCAAAUGGUAAAAUGAAGAUGUUGACCCGGAGUCAUGCUAUGCGAGAAGCAACAAGUCCCCCUCCUGAUCCCUCAGCUGUUCAGCAAGCACCUGCUGCAUCAACGACUGCUCCCACUGCAGCCUCAACAUCAACCAAUACACAAUCCACCCCUUCAGCAGUUAGUAACAACAAUGGCAAUGGCAAAAAUAAUAGCCAGGCAAGUAAACCCACUAGUAAUAACAAUGGCAGCAGCAAACACCACACAGGCAGCAAUAACAGCAACGGCAAUGGCAACAACAAUAACAAUCAUAAUAGUCAUAACAACAACAAUAACAGCAAAACAAAAAAUGGGAACAACAAAAAUAAAGAGCAAAACAACACUUCAGCAAAUAGAACUAAUCACAGGCAGAACAAAAAUGUUGUUUACAUAAGUUCCCCACAGGAAACUUGGGGUGGCCUGUUAAGUCGUGAUAAUCUCGACCAGUUUGUAGAUCCAGCUAAAGCAGAUCUAGAUGGAUUCAUCGCCCAACAGAUGUCAACCAAAAACCGUGCACUUUUAUUGAGAGUUGAAGAAGAGCUAGUUAAACUUUUAGAUGACCCAAGAGCUGUGUAUUUCCGAUUUCCUCAAAUGACAUCCUUCCAUCGAAUGCUUGUUCAUCGAGCAGCUACUUAUUUCACCAUGGAUCAUAAUCUGGACUCAUCUGGAACAUGUGUUGUUGUAAACCGGAAUAGGAAUAGCAGGAAACCAGAAAAAAGUUUUGCUGAUAUUCAGAAGGUCUUCAAAGGUCACAAUCGGGCAUAUUCUACUGAAGAACCUCGCAAGUCUAUUCUUAAACGUGACUUCGCUUCCUUUGAGGACAGCCAAUAUAAGUCAGAUGAUAAACAGCUGAGUUUGGAAUCUCGUCGCAGUAAGAGUUUUGAAGAAAGGGAGGAGGAAUAUGAAAGGGCAAGGAGACGCAUCUUUAGCCGGGAUGAUAGCACUGAUAGCUGUCACCAGAGUGAUUCAAACCAGGACAGUAUGGAAGAUGUGCGUUGGAGUGAAUGUGCUACGUGGGCUGAGGAGGAACCUGAACCACCUGGUAGAUAUUUAAGGCCAAAUGAUAGGUCCUCUCGGUUAAUGAAAACAGAAUCCUAUGAGAGCCGUGAGAGCUUAAAAUCGAAUUCGAUGCGGUCAGCUGUCUCGAAGUCUUACAGUUUUGGUGGUUACACUGGUAAUGCUGCAAGUAUGGGAAAUAAUGGAAGAAUGAGCUCCGGACAGGGUCAAAGCUAUUCAGCGUUGCAGAGGGGAGAUAGCACAUCAUCCUCACUCAGCACAGGAUCUCGUAUGCUUGCUAAACAAGACUCUGGCAGCAGUGUUUCAUCAAGACUGAGUCCAUCAAGUUCAGGUUAUAAAUCCCAAUCUCAGCAGUCGGAUGCUACACUUUCAGCUACUCCGUCUCCAACAGCAACUCCGCUUUCCCUGCUGCCUAUGUCUAGUCAAGGUAGUCAAGAUACUCUUUCUCCUGAGCCUCCAGUUAUUUGGCCCAUGACUGCAUUGGGAAACAUCCCAUCAGGCAGUGUUCUCAUCAACCCAGCUACGGGACAGCCAAUUUGUAAUGCGGAUGGAUCAGUCUAUCGUUAUGAUCCUGAAAAUCCCUUGACUCUACAUAUUCCUCGUUCUGAAAGUCCUGCAAAGCCAUCUCCUGCUGGCUCUGGUAGACAGGCGGAGCAAAAUAAUGAUGAACCCGCAGAAAAAUCCAAUUGGUCCAGUCAAACACCCUCACCCAAGGGGUCGCCGUCACCCAGCUCACCAACAGCACCCACUGCUAAAGCGACAAUCCAGACUGAAACAAAUAAAAGUCAGCCAGCUCAGCCCACUCAAGCCAAAUCAUCUACAAAUGCCAAGUCAAUAGAGAAGUCAGAGCCAAGUGAACAGCCCAAGCUUCAGCACAAAGACUCGUCAUCCUCCCAGGAUAAACGCUCUGGGCACCACCAAGACUACCGGAAGCACGACAACCAGCCCGCGUCCUCUGCGCCCUCGAGUCUGACCGUGCCGUCGGACGGCGGGGGUGGGACCGGCCGCUCCGUGACCAACUCGGCCACCUCUCCCAUGCUGGUGGCGAGCCCGCAGCGGUCGCUGCCCGCGCAAGCCGGCCAGCCCAUCGUAGUGGGGGCGCCGCCGGGCUGCCCUCCAGGGUGCCCCCCGGGCUGCCCCCCGGGCUGCCCCCCGGGUUGUCCGCCGGGCUACGCCGUCACGAGCAGCCCCAUGAUGCCCAUGUCGGUCAUACCGCCCGGCAUGCCUCCCGCGCCGGGGCAGGUGCCCGGCCAGGUGCCCUACCCUGUGCAGCCCGGCGCCGUCUCCCACUACCACAAUGGCGCCUACGGCUACGCGGCUGCGCCAGACGGCCAGACCUACAUUAACGGGUACCCAGGAGCCACCGGUGGCGCCGUACCUUACCACAUGGGUGGAUACCCCGUCAACGUGGACCCAGCCACGGGCUCAUACGUGACCCAGCCUCCUCCUCAGCAAGGGCAGCCCCCGCCCUCCGGGCCGCAGGGCGGUCCCUCUGGUCCUGGCGGUCCUGGGGGCCCAGGAGGCCCCGGGGGCCCGUGCUGUGUGCCGGGCUACCCGUGCCCCUACGGCCCCGCAGUCCCCCCUGGCCCGGGCGGUCCCCCACCACCACACCCAGGCUACGACCAGCGCAGCCCGGACGCGGCUGGCCAGGUCGUAAACGAUAUGGCGAACUACAUGAUGGGGUUGAAUCUGAAUGGUAAUGGGACAGCCAUCGACCAGAGAGCGGGAGGGGAUGGAUCUUCAAACCGCUCUGAUGGCCAAAGUCCUCAACAUGGUCCCCCAACUCCUCACGUCAUUGUCGCAGGAAAUGGCUCAUAUUACUGGGGACCUCAGCUUUCUAGUCACAACCAGGCCUAUCCUCCGACGGUCAUGUACUAUUACCCCCAAAACAAUGUGCAGAGCCCACCUCAAAGCACAGGCUCAGGUGGUUCUGGAUCAUCUGGGACAGCCAGUAACAAUAGUACUAGUUAUAAUCGAGGAACAAGUCCUGCCAACUCAAAUAAUAGGGAAAAUAGUAAUAGUAAGAACUCAAAUUCAACUGGCUCAUCAGCUUCUAGUUCACAAGGUGGCAGUAAUAGAAACAAUUACAACCGUAAUGUUGCUGCUAGUUAUGCAAAGGGUGCAGCAAUUUACCAACCUCCUGCGUAUUCAUCAAUGCCCAACAUGCAAAUAGCACCACAAGUCCAAGAUAGAUCUGUGAUCAAUGGUUAUCCCAACGACUGCGUUGCUGUGGGUUCCCCUCAACAACAAGUUGUGUAUACUGUGUCAUCCAUGCAUUCUAGCACUGUUCCCACACAAUCCUAUCAACCUGCCGUAUACUCAAGUCCAAAUGCUACUAUUGCGGCCUCUGGUGCCGCUCCUCCGAGUACAAUUACAUACUACCAAGGAGUUCAAGGGGCUGGUGACACUGGCAGUCCGUCUCAAGGCCAGCAACUUCUGCCUGUCAAUCCGUACGCUCCUCCUCAAAACUAUAUGCAAGCACCAGGGACACCUCCCUUGACUCCACAGGGCUCAUAUGGUGUCCAUCCAUAUGUUUAUGGAAUGUACUCACCAGCUACCAAUGGAGCAGGAGCUCCUACUUCUCCAGCAAACUUCCAGAGUGCUCCUCACCAGUCACCAAUGAUUCAGAGAAUGAUGCGACCCAACUUGAUUGUUGGUGGUUUGCAGUCAAGCCCUCCACCAAGGAACAUGGGUCCAAAGGGCUUUCCGCGUGGACAAAGCCCGGUGGGACGGAAGGACCAAGGAUCCCCGGCAUACUCAGUGCCAAUGUACAAUCUUGCAGCUUCAAGAUACAUGUCAGGUGAUAUGAGGUACAUGCAAGGGCGCCUUCCAUUUUCAAUUCCCACCAAUACCUACCACCGAGCUAUUCGUCCCUUCCAAACUUCUUACUACCCUCGACCUCACAGUCAACCCUCAGGGGAGGCCCUAAGUUAUACACGACCACCUAGGGUGCGGAAGCCAACCAGCCUACUCUCAGGGAGCCCUAGCCCUGUUCGGAACCCUUUUGUUGGAAGGGAGCUCAAAGCUUUCUCAGAGCCACCUGUGGUAAUGAAGAUGUCUUGAUGUUGCGAAGACCUGGAGUCCGAGCGCUUCCAGUCCUUUACGGCCUACCCUGAGCUAUCUGAAAGAAUCUCCAAUAAAGAACAUAGUGCUCAGGUGUGGCAGGACAACCAAAUUAAAUUGGAUCAUAUUGCCAGUUGUGAGAAUCUCUCAGACAGUGCUCAGUGCUCUUCAAAGACUGCUAGUUUCUCAAAAUGCCAUGAGGCAGAACAUGGAAAUCCCACUAGUCCCUUGGGAAGAAAGAACAGUUCACCUUCUCACAGCAGUGAUACAAGUUAUUUAAGUGAAAAUUUGGACAUAAAUGAUAAUAAAUGUGUAUUACCUUGUCAAGAUAAGUUAAGCCCUGAGUUAAGCUCAGACUCUUCAGAUUCUCUUAGAACAGUCAUCCCUGCGGUCCCAGCAGUGGACCAUGCCAAUGAGGACGUAUAUCCAAAAUGUAUUUGUAAGACAUUUUGUAAUUUUCCUGACCCACAUAGGAUACCAACGUCUGUUCCUCUUUAUGUUGACACAACACUGGCCAAUUUAAAAUUUGAUGAACAUGUUUCUUCCAAUCGA